AUGAAGGAAAACGUGAAGACGUUUAAUCUUUCUGGCAUGGGGUGCAGCGCCGGCGUUUUAGCGGUGAACAUGGCAAAAGAUCUGUUGCUCGUAAAUCCGGACUCGUACGCUCUCAUCCUCUCCACCGAGAGCACAACCGUCAAUGCAAACUACCCCGGCAAAGACAGAAGCUUCAUGCUCACCAACUCCCUCUUCCGAGUUGGCGGCGCCAACUUGAUUCUCUCCAACAAACCGCAAGACGCCGUCCGAGCCAAAUUGCGGCUUCUCCAUUCAAUUCGGACCAGCGUGGCCGCCGACGACGAGGCCUACGGUUGCAUAUCUGUGACGGAGGACGAUGACGGCGUCUACGGGGUCCGUCUCCGCCCUUCUCUACACACAAUUGCUCCCAACUUAACCAAGCUCGGCCCCAAAGUCCUUCCGUUGCGCGAGCAGCUGUACUACGCCUACAAUUGGCUCUGCAUAAAGUUGUUGAAGAUGAAGGUGGAGGCCUAUGUUCCCAACUUCAAGCUGGCGUUCCAGCAUUUUUGCGUCCACCCGGGAGGUCGCGGCGUCAUCAGCGGAAUCGGGAAAAGCCUGAAGCUGAAUGAGUACGACCUGGAGGCGUCGCGCAUGGCGCUGUUUCGGUUCGGCAACACGUCGACGAGCGGCGUGUGGUACGAAAUGGCGUACUUGCAUGCAAAAGGGCGGCUCAAGGUUGGCGAGCGCGUGCUGCAGAUUGCGUUGGGAUCAGGGGUCAAGUGCAACACCGCUGUUUGGGAAGUAGUGAGAGAAAAGUAUCCUUUGGAGAGCAGCUGCUGGGACGAGUGCCUUCACAGGUAUCCCUGCGAUACGAAAAAAAACUACACGGAUGAUUUCAGUGACCCGUGGUUAAGUCGUGUCACCCCUAGUAUACAACCUACUUCCAACGACUUGGACACCAACACUAUCUGA